AUGCAACGUACCUAUGGUCUGCAAAAGCCGACUGGCACAAGGCCAUUGAAAGCUGGCCGUAGUGUGUGCAACCCUAUCUUCCUAGCGUCGCGUAUAGCUGAGGUUAAUACAAUUCAACCUUCAAGCAGCGGCCGCACCGCUGGGAUGGAGGCGCCCACAUCUGGGAGCCGCAGCGGGGAAUCUUCGACUUUAUUGUCUCCUAUGUUCGGACGCUCGGCUUCGAGUGUGGCGGAUCAUCGGCUUGUCGCGUCGCUCGGAUCUGGUGCUAUUCUUACGUCGUCCUUGAUUGCCAAGGCGGCGAACUUGUCGAUUGAAGAGCUCAGCAACCCUUCGUACGUCGCCGCUAAAGUGGCCUAUCAAGGCGUCCCUGGCGCGUACAGCGAGGUGGCGGCCCGCAAAUCAUGCCCAGAUUUCGAGCCACUUCCCUGCGAUCAGUUCGAAGUAGCCUUCCAGGCGCUGAGUCAAUGGAUGUCGGAACGUGCCGUACUGCCCAUUGAGAACUCCCUGGGCGGCUCCAUACACGCGGUGUACGACUUGUUGAUCCGGUACCGCCUGCACAUUAUUGGGGAGACCUCCCUGGCCAUCAACCACUGCCUGGUGGCGCUGCCGGGGAGCAGCAAAGGGGAGCUCAAGAGGGUCAUGAGCCACCCGCAGGCGCUGGCCCAGUGCGACGCGUACCUGCGGCGGAUGUCCGUGGUGAAGGAGGCGGUGGAUGACACGGCGGGUGCGGCCCAGAUUGUGGCGCGGCAGGGCCUGCAGGGUGUUGGGGCUAUUUGCUCUCGACGAGCUGCUGAGCUGUACGGCCUGGAUGUGCUUGAGGAGGGCAUUCAGGACGUGAAAGACAACGUGACGAGGUUCAUCGUGCUGUCCAGGGACCCCCUCGUAACGAGCGAAAGCGACACUCGCAGCUACAAGACAUCCAUCGUGUUCUCCUUGCAGCCGGGACCCGGCCAACUGUUCAAGGCGCUGUCGGUGUUUGCGUUGCGAGACAUCGACCUUGCUAAGGUGGAGUCUCGGCCCAUGCGAACAAACCCCAUCGUGCAGAUCCCGUCACAGGAUGGCACCACUGUGACCCGCCAGAAUUUCAAUUAUCUGUUCUACGUGGACUUUGUGGGCAGUCUGAUGGAGGUCCGCUGCCAGAACGCAUUGCGGCAUCUGCAGGAGACGGCACCAUUUCUGCGCGUGUUGGGCUCCUACCCGAUGGACAUGGAGCUUGGGUCUAUGAGCAAUGACGACCCCGCCAUGAUGCAGAACAUGUCCCGUUACAACUAAUGCAAGAACUGAAACACAGGACCCCACACGCGUGUGUGGUGUGCCUGGUCGCGUUGCGGUGGCGUGGUGGUGGCGAACAGCGUAGUUGUGUUCGGUCGGCGUAUAGGGCAACGCGUGGCGUGGCGCGCACGCCCCGCCGUUCUAAUAACAAUAAUAGCAAUAAUGAUGAUGAUGAUGAUGAUGAUGAUGAUGAUGAUGAUGAUGAUGAUGGAGCCCAGAUACAAUGACAUUAUAACGAUAUACUACCA